AUGACCCGCGGAAAUCAACGUGAGUUGGCUCGAGCCAAGAAUGCCAAGAAGGAGGCCGCCAAGAAAGGCGGCAACGCCAAAUCUGGCUCCGAGAUGGCGAAGCAAGGCUUGAGUGACGCCGAGAAGAUGCGACAGAAACAAAUGGAGGGUCAGUUUGCAAUGGGAACAUGCCUCUUUUGCGCGAACUAA